ACUGGGCGUUUACUCGUCUCAUUUUAUGUGCUACGUUCAAAUACAAAACGUAGGCUGUUUAUUAAAUAGGCUGUAGGAUAUCUUUGCAGCAACUCUGUGGAAAUGGAAGUUGUUGCUGAAACUGGGGUUAUUGCGGACUCACCCGCCAAUUCACAACCUGCCGGCGACGUGAAUGAAGAGAGAGGUUCCCUCUUCGAUGUUACAUUUCUGGACCACGACUUUCCAGGUGCUGAGACUGAGACCCCGACCCGCAAGACCUACCAGGAGUUCCAGCCCAAAGCACUGGGGGUCUCUCAGAUCACUUUGGGUGUGUUUGUGCUCAACUCAGUUUAUGUCAGUGUAGCCAACCGAUUGGAUCAGAGAAAUGAAGAAGUAACCAGGGCGAUAGGCUCCCUGUCUGCGAUAGUGGCGGGAAGUGUGGCCAUAGCAGCACAGAGUCUUCAUGUUCCCACACUGAAGGCGUGUCUGGGGACACAGCUGGCUACCUGCCUUAUGGCCAUGUUCAACGUGGUCGUCGUAGGAGGAAAGCUGUCUGACACCCACUUAGUGCCAGACUGCUGGCUUUUCACUGAUUACAACAACACACAUCAUCACAUCACCUGCGACAAGCUGAUGAAUUCAGUGUAUCCAUUCUAUGUCGAGUGGUUCCUCGUGCACGCAACUCUCCUCGGCAUUUCUGUCACCCUGACUAUCUACAGCUGCAAGCUGCUCCGCUUCUGCUCCCCUGCAGCACCCAGCAUGCCUGUGGUCACUGCAUAUACUAGCCCUGCUCAGUGACAAGAGAUGAAGUACAUAGAAAGGAACCUAAAGCCAUCAUGAAGAGACACUGAUGGGUCUAUCUAGCCAUGCACUUUUUUCAAAUCUAUUUGUCACUAUGUUUUCUGUCUUGCACAAACACUUGAUGUUGAUGUGGUUGCCUUUUUAUGAUAUAGUUUGGUUAUUUUGUUGUGUGUUCUGAUGAUAGAGUAUGUCUGUUUAGAUCUAUAUGGUCUCAGGUGCUAUUUUAGUGAUGGGUUUAAGGAGUGAAACUUUGUGGGUACAUCAUAUUGAAAUAAACACUUCCUCAGGGUCAAAAA